AUGCAAACAUUAUCGUUGAAUUUUGCAAUUUUUAAAUGUUGCGGUUUGUGGCGACCGUUUCUGUGGUUCACUGGUUGGAAAGUUGCACUUUACCGCUGUUAUUCAUUCUUCUCGUUCCUUCUCAUUUCGUCAUUCCUAGUAUCUGCCUGCGUCGAGCUCUUUGCCUCGUUCGACAGUGUUGAGGAGUUCGCGCUUGGUUCUUUUUUGUUUUUAACUAUGGUCGGAGUGUUCACAAAAAUGAUCCUCUUGAUUCAAAAACAACAAGAAAUUAUCAAUCUCACGGAUGCUAUGGGAAACGACGUUUGUCAACCUCGCGAUAGAAUGGAAAUCGAAAUGAUAGCAAGCAGCGAACGCGAUGCUGAAUGGAUUUUCUUCCGGUAUACAGCCCUCACAAUGUCAUCGACAAUUUAUACAGCGAUCAAGUCAAUGAUUGUGAAUAUGCCUAACCGGAAACUAACUUACAAAAGCUGGUUUCCGUACGCCUACGAUGCAACACAAAUCGUUUACCUUUCUACAUUCAUCCAUCAAACCAUAGCUGUUGCUAUGGGUGCAUUGAUUAACAGUGCCUUCGACACAUUUUUCCCUGGUCUCAUUAUACUCACUUGCUCUCAAAUAAAAAUUCUCAAAUAUCGCUUCGAGGCUUUACCGCAGAUUAUAGGCAAACGAAAAAAGUCAUCGGAGAGCAAUUGCGACGAAGACGACGAGAAAGAAAACCAAGAACUGGAGGCUCAACUGUUGACAGAUUGCAUCAGGCAUCAUGUCCGAAUAUUUCAAUUAGCCAGUACGCUCAACGGCAUCUUCGGUUUCGUUGCCUUUCUACAAUUCAGUAUCAGCUCUCUCGUACUCUGCGUCAGCGUUUACGAACUUACGAAAGAAGAACUAUUCAGUCCAGAUUUUGUUUCUACCGUCAUGUAUCUCGCUUCGAUGCUCAUGGAGAUAUACAUUUUCUGCUACUACGGAAACGAAUUAUCACUUCAGAGUGUGGAUAUUUGUCAGGCUAUUUAUAGAAUGGACUGGACGUCGUUACAUAUCGGGACGAAAAGAAGUCUCAUUGUAAUAAUGCUAAAUUCGCAACGACCGAUUACUUUUGUAUGCUAUAAUGUCAUAUCAUUGUCACUCGAUGCAUUUACCAGCCUCAUCAAAUUAUCAUACUCUGUUUACAACUCAGUUCUCGAUCCGAUGGCUAUUUGGAGAGCGAUUCCUUGUCCCCCAUGCGAAAGUAAUUGGCGAUUUAUUUAUUCACGAAUGUUGCGAAGUUUCUGUGAAGGAAGAGAGUCAAUAAGAUGCGACGAUAUUCGCAUGAGAGUGUGCACGUUUCUCAUAUCCCAGUUGAUUCAUCUCCUACAAACGAUUGAAGGAGCGAUCGAAGAUUUUGCCACUAACACUUUUAUGCUCAUUACGACCAUUUGUGUAACAUGCAAAAUGGGAAACUUGUUAAAACAUCAAGAGCUUAUCGAAAGCAUCAUCGACAUUUUUCACAACGAUAUUUGUGCAGCUAAAAGUUCCAAUGAGAUUGAAAUCCAAAAUGAGUCUGAAAAAAAAAUGAGAACUUGGAUAAUUUUCAACCAAUCACUCGUUGGCUUCACGAUUGUGACAAUCACGAUAAGUUCUUUCGUGACACGAAGUCUCCCAUUUAACGGCUGGAUACCAUUCGAGCACAAAACGUUCGUCGGUUUCUGGUGCGCCUACGCCCACCAAACAUCGGCGUGCGUUUUUUGUGCAGCGAUUGGAAGUUCUUUCGAUCUGUUUAUCUGCAAUCUACUGAAUCUCGCGUAUGCACACUUGGAAAUUCUUAAAGCCAGACUGCAAUGGAUACCUUCAGCGAUCGAUGAAACUUCGGGAAACUGGGAGCUAUUUUCUGGAGAGGCCACGAGGAAUCUAGAAGCAAGAAUUCUCAGAAAAUGUGUUUACCAACACCUUUAUGUCAUAAAAUUCACUAAAUCAGUGAACGAAACAUUCGGGACAGUGAUAUUCAUCCAAUGUGCUGUGAGCACGUACGUCCUUUGCAUCAGUACGUACUUGAUAACGAGAGUGCCUGUAUUUAGUCCCGAAUUUACAUUUCUGAUGGCAUACAUGAACUGCAUGCUUGUCCAGAUAUUUUUAUACUGCUGGCAUGGGAACGAAUUGAUUUUACAGAGUUUAGCAGUUGGUGACGCAGUUUUCGGAUUAGAUUGGCCAUUUCUGAGUGUCAAAACGAAACGAACGUUAAUUACGAUAAUGGCUCGUACACUGAGACCAAUAAUAUUCACGAGUGGUCACGUCGUUACUCUGAAUCUCGAAUCCUUCAACAGUCUUCUGAAACUAUCCUAUUCAACUUACAACGUACUUCAAAAAUCACCGGAUCAGUGAAAACGACGAUGAAAGAAAAAAUGAGUAUACGAACCGAUAAAUACUAAUGGUAGUCAAUAAAAAC